AUGAAGAUGCAAGGAACGUAAGUGUUGGGUAUCGAUUUUUUAUUAGAUAGAUGCUUAACAGAAGGCAAAAUAAAACUUUACCAUAUAUAUAAGGCCGAGAUUUUGGUCACCUUAAGUUCUACUAAUAAACCAUUUAAGAUUUGCUAGAUUAAACUAUUCAAAACGACUAAAUCACUACUUCUAUUGGCACAUGUUGGAGAUUUAAAACCUCUAAACAACAGCAAAUCAAUAAAUUUAUAGGAAUUAUAAACUCGACUCAUAGAAUAGUAUUAAUAACAAUAGUAGCCAAUAGAAGAAGUGCAAAUACUCUUGAACUCUUACCGAUGAUUAUAUUAUUUAUAUAUGUAAGCGAAUAUAGAUUGCUUCA